AUAUACCAGGCUGAAUAAACCAUGUUAUAAUAUACUAAAUUUACUACUUAUUAUCAUUAGCCUGUCAGUAAAUAAUAAAUUAAAUUUUAAUAAUUAAAACUAAAAACUUACACAGUUACCAUUAAUAUUUUUUUCACAGAAGGUUGUAAAGAAUGUCUGAUCAAGUGAAAUACGACAAAUCUUGGAUCAUCAACUGUUUUUCAAAAUUUAGUUCUAACAAUAAACACACUAUCUCCAUAUCAAUGACAGUAGGUUUUCUGAACCACUCGCUGAACGUCAUUGCAGAUAAAAUAAAUGAAUUCAUUUACCUCACGCCUGAAACAUAUGUCAUGCACUCAACACUUCAUUUAGGAAUUUUAUCAUUUGAUUCAUGUCAUCCUGGCAAAUGGGUUUUAAGCUUUAGCGAUGAAUCAUCUGCAAUGGAUUGCAUUGAUACAUUGAGGAAAAAUGACAUUAAAGUGACAGACAUUCAGAAAUUAAUAUUAGAAAGAUUGCACUUGGAAGAUGUUAUAAUCAAAACAGUCACUGAUGUAGGUUUCCCACAUUUUGUAGCUGAAGUAGAAAAUGCCAUAAAAACAAAUAUGUUUGAUCAUUAAUAUUAAUUUU